AUGGAACAAGGCGUGACCACGAUUCCUGAGACCGAUGCGGCUGCCGACGGGUUUCCUGAAGGUGGACGAGAAGCUCUCACGGUGCUGUUUGGCAGCUGGUGCGUUCUCUUAUGUACCUACGGUCUGGGCAACAGCAUCGGCGUUUUCCAGACAUACUACGUCAACGAUGCGCUUCGAGAGUAUUCUUCAUCCACUGCAUCAUGGAUCACCAGUUUCAUGCAAUGGACCAUGAACUUCUUGCCCAUCAUUUGGGGAUUUGUCUUCGACAAGUACGGGCCGCGAUGGAUUCUCUUCGGCGGUACCAUCACAUAUGUGUUUGGCAUGAUGAUGGAGUCUUUGGGCACCAAAUACUAUCAUUUCUUCCUCGCUCAGGGCAUCGUCUGUCCCAUCGGCGCGAGCGCAGUGACCAGCGCCGCCAUGUCUUGCCUCGUCACCUGGUUCCAUCGUCGACGCGGGAUGGCCUUUGGCAUCAUGAUGUCUGGAUCCUCCUGCGGUGGCAUCAUCUUGCCCAUCAUGAUUCCCAAGUUGAUUGAUAGGGUCGGUUUCGGCUGGGCGAUACGCUGCGUUGGUUUCAUGUUCCUCUUCCUCCUCAUCAUCGCCAACUGCACAGUCAGAUCUCGCCUUAAGCCAGAACAAAAGCCAGUAGACAUGAAGGAGUACUUCCGGGGUAUUCGAGAACCAACCAUGAUGUCGACAGUCUUCGGGCUCUUCUUGGUCUUUCUCGGUCUGUUUGUUCCGUACAACUUUGUGAUUCUACAAGCUAGAGCUCAGGGCAUGGACGAGGAAUUGGUCAUUUACCUGCUGCCUAUCAUGCACGCCGUUGGGUACGUCGCCAAUCUCGGUCACUGGAUAACUCUGAUUACUAACUGA